AAGGCAGCUGUAGUCUCGUGUUGUUGUCUGAUGCUAAACAUCAGAUCCAGUCUCCACAGAAGAAAUUAUUAUACGAAUUAUAACCAAAGCGUAAAGAAUGAGAAGAGUCACGUUGUUUAUCAACGGGACGUCUAAAAAUGGCAAGGUUGUAGCAGUGUACGGGACCUUGUCUGACUUACUAUCUGUAGCCAGCAAUAAGUUAGGGAUCAAAGCCUGUAGUUUAUACAAUGGUAAAGGUGGUCUGAUAGACGACAUAGCCCUUAUCAGAGACGACGAUGUGCUGUACGUGUCAGAGGGAGAUCCAUUCAUCGGUCCUCAAGAUGAAGCCAAGGUCAGAGCAGAUCUGCAUGGAGCUCACACCGACUGGCUGACCCUCAACAUCGGCGGGCGCCUCUUCACCACCACCAGGAGCACCUUGGUCAGCAAAGAGCCGGAGAGUAUGCUUGCUCAUAUGUUCCGAGAGAAAGAUGUGUGGGGGAACAAGCAGGACGAGCAUGGGGCUUACCUUAUCGACCGCAGCCCUGAGUACUUUGAGCCUAUUCUCAACUACCUGAGACACGGUCAGCUCAUCAUCAACGAAGGCAUAAAUAUAAGAGGUGUCCUGGAGGAGGCUCGGUUCUUUGGAAUUGAGCAGUUGGCUGAACAGCUGGAAGCAGCAAUCAAGAACUCACAGCCACCUGAGGACCACUCUCCCAUUUCCCGUAAAGAGUUAGUUCGUUUUCUUCUGGCAACGCCCACCAAGUCCGAGCUCCGCUGUCAGGGACUUAAUUUCAGUGGUGCCGAUCUGUCCCGACUUGAUCUGCGCUACAUCAAUUUUAAAAUGGCCAAUCUGAGCCGCUGCAAUCUGACUCACGCCAACCUGUGCUGUUCCAAUCUGGAGCGGGCCGAUCUCUCUGGAGCCAACCUGGACGGUGCGAACUUACAAGGGGUGAAGAUGCUCUGUACCAAUGCUGAGGGAGCUUCUCUCAAAGGAUGUAAUUUUGAAGAACCCUCUGGACUGAAGGCCAACCUGGAAGGUGCCAAUCUGAAAGGAGUUGACAUGGAAGGAAGCCAAAUGACCGGCGUCAACCUGCGUGUGGCCACUCUGAAAAAUGCAAAGCUGAAGAACUGUAACCUCCGGGGAGCCACUUUAGCAGGGACUGAUCUCGAGAAUUGCGACCUGUCUGGCUGCGAUCUACAAGAAGCCAACCUGAGGGGGUCCAAUGUGAAAGGAGCCAUUUUUGAAGAGAUGCUGACCCCGCUGCAUAUGUCACAGAGUGUCAGAUAACUCGGCGUGCGCCCACAGGUCCAUUGUGGGCCACAGCUGGCUGCUGUUAAUGCUCUUCUCCUCCAGUCCUCCUCCCCCAUACUUCCCCAACUCCCCAUCUCUCUUUACCUGUCUGCAGCACAGGUACUCGUAUGCACAUCCCUGGUCAUUCCACCAAUGUUAUGUUAGCUUUAAAUAUCUUGCACUAGAAUCUAUCCAGGGUUGUAAAUGUAUGUUUUUAAAUGUAAAGCCGUAUAUCACCAAAACAACCACAGGUUUCUUUAUAUGUUUAGAUGAGUCUGGAUGCAAUCCGAUGACUAUACUCAUUUAAUAUUAGACAUGAUUUAUGCAUUCAUAUGAUUUGUUAGUAGACAAAGUCAGAGCAGUGAAGUUCAGAGCUUCGCUGAAUGCUGCUGUAGCAUAAAUUGAAGGUGUCCUUUACCAAAAACUGUGUAGCUUAAUUUAGCUGAAUUCAACAUAUUAUGAAUAAGCAAUGCAAGCCAAAGCCAUACAACAGCACAGUCUAAUCAAAGGCUAAAAGUGAUACUGAAACUAUGCUGCAGGCUAGUUCUACAGUUUGGGUAUGCAAUACAUCAUUUACAGCUGUGAGGUGUCUCCUUUCCUACUCUUAAAUAUUGUGUUCUCGAGAAAAAAAAGAAGUUUUUUCCAUGUUUUGCGCUCUGUGAAUCUACCUCUUUUUUUAAUCCAGUGUGCGAGUGAACCACAGUUGCAUGCAUUUAACUGUGGCACUGCUUGGUGGUCUGUUGAUGUUAUUUUUCCUUAAUGAGAAAACCUGGGCUUUAACAGAAAGCCAUUUUUCUGUGUUCAUGUUGUCAGAGUGGGUUUACCUGGAAACAUGCUCCAUAAAUAUAUUGAUGUAUAUCACUUAAUCAUGCUUUGAACCUAUUUGCACAAAUGUAUGUUAACUUAUAACGUGUUAUUCCUUUUCACCAAAAACGCUUGGUGCUUGUUAUCUUCUAUCAAUCAAAUCCAGUGCUUCCAAAUCUUCCCAGAAAAAUAAAUGUUAAAUACUCUUAUGAGAGGGCAGGUGUUGGGAGCUGUUGUGGAGGAUCUCUCUGCAGCUCUUACUGGACAGUGUCUGUUUGCAUGUGUAAAGAGCUGUUACUGCUAAUCUCUGUCCGUGGCUCAAAGCUGCUCCGAUGCAAUACUAUUCACUCAGUUCAGUUGUAGGUACCCAGUCUGUGAGAAUUAACGAUGAAGGCAAUCAAACUGUGUAUUUCACCUUGAGUGUGAGAAUCAAUUGAAGAGCAAUUGCUAUUUAUUUUAAUACAUCUUGCUGAAUGCAACAUGGGGCAGAGGUUAGUUUGUGUUUGAAAGAGGGAAGGAUGUAGGUCUCUAUGUACGAUUAUUGCACUCAACCUUGGAAUUUUAUUUCCAUAAAUGACUGUUAUAAAUAAACUACAAUGAAGAAA